AUGUGCAUACAGUUAGAUAAAUAUCAUAUGAUGGUCUGUGUGAAAUACUUUAAUACCAUCGACGAUUUUAUCUCCUUUGCUCAAGUUAACAAAAAGUGUAAAGAAGUGCUUUCAAUGUUUUUUUAUAAUCCACUUCCCAUCAAAAGCACAAAAAUAUUCGACAAUAUGACAUAUCAAAUUUUAUAUAAUUCAAACGACACAGCCGUUCCCCACGUGGAGAAGUUUAUUAAUUUUAAAGUUGAUUAUGAACAAUAUUUGAAUGAUAAGAAAUUCAAUUUGAAAUUUAAGAAGGUGUGUUUGGGGUCUUCCAGUUUUACGAAACGUCUCAAUGAAUUACUUCAAAAGGAUCCAAAAUAUAAUAUACCAAAAGAAGUCAAUUUACUUAAAGAAUCGUGUUUUGCAAACCAAAUAAAUUUGACUCAAGUUGUAUUGACAAACUCAAUCAAAAUAAUCCCACAAUAUUGUUUUCAUAAUUGCCAAAAAUUGAAAAAUAUCUCCCUCCCACUUUCUGUCAAGAAAAUUUGUUAUGGUGCAUUUUUUAAUUGUGUUAGUUUGACUACUUUUCUUAUUCCAAAUACAGUUGUAGUCUCUGAGACCAUUUUCAAUGAAAACAAUUCAAUUUCUACUUUAAUAUUGUACCCAGACACUAAUAUCACAGAUUAUUUCUUCUCAAAUUUUAAAAUGCUCAAUUCUUUGAUAUUUAGAGGAUCAAACAAAAUCACUCAAAUUGUCCCUUUUAGGUUCCAAGAAGUGGUUAACAGAGAGUGUAGCAAUGUCACACUUGAAAAUAACGAUUUACAAAGACUUUACUCUCUUGGCUUUGCUCAUAAAUUAAGUGGGAAAAUGGUGUCGUGUUCAAUACCUUCAAAAGUGAAUUCUCUUUAUCAACAGGCGUUUAUGAACUGCAAUUUCCUUUGUAACAUACAUUUAUCAGACAAUAUAACCUCGUUGGGACAAGCUUGUUUCAGAGGAUGCAAUUCUUUGGUAUUGUUAAUUCUUCCUCAAAAACUUGUCGAGCUCCAAAAUUGUUGUUUUCAAAAUUGCACGAAGUUGACACAUGUUAAAGUACCAGAUACAGUGACUUGUAUUGGGAGUAAUUGCUUUGAGAACUGCGCUUUAAGAACAUUUGAUUUCCCAUCCCAAACAAAUAGAGUGUCAAACGAUUGCUUUCGAAAUUGUACGAAGUUGGAAUCAAUAGCAUUUAAAAAUUCAACACACAAUUUUUCUUAUUGUUGUGCAAAAGGAGCAACAAACUUAACACAAAUUUUCGUUCAAAAUACCAAUGAAAAUGCUCAAACGUUUAAAGAUGAAGGGUACUUUGUAAAACAAUUAUUAAUCAACGGCGGAAUGCAAAAUCUGUUUUAUUGUUUUGACAGAAGCAAUUUUGAAGAGUACAAAUCAUUAUAUCCCGCUUACACUCGAUCAGGUGAAAUUGUCAAAUUGGUUUUAAAAAAUCUUGAAAAACUUGAAAGAAAAUGCUUUACUGAUUGUCCUUUGGAAUAUAUUGAUUUGGAUGGGACAAUUGUGACAAUACCAAGAAUGUGUUUUACUUUAAAUAGGCUUACGUCUAUUAAACUUGGUGACUCCGUAAAAACUAUUGAAGCUUAUGCUUUCAAGGGGAAUUACGAACUUAAAACAAUCGAAAUGCCCAAAAAUUUGGAAGUGGUGCAAAGAGAUGCGUUCGAGCAUUGCACUCAACUUGAAAAAGUCGUUUUUAAUGAUAAAGUAAAAUACUUAGGAAGAAGAGCAUUUUAUUAUUGCAAAAGUUUGAAAGAAGUAAUUUAUCCAAAAAUUAUAGAGAGGUGCCAUGAGUCUACUUUUGACUUUUCUGGAAUCAAUAAAGAUUGUGUUUUGAAAAUGGUGAAGGUAAUUUCAGAUAAGUGA